CUCUGUCACCUCAUUCUUCUCACACACUAAUUCGUACUCAAUAGCUUCCUUUUCAGCACUUUCACUGUAGUAUACUUUCUGAACCUCUGAGAAUGACUUCUUCCUCUUCCGCACUCGUUCUUCUGCUCGCGGCGAUUUUCGUCUUCUCCGCCGUCGCACAAUCUCCGGCUUCGUCUCCUGAGUCCCCUGCUACUCCACCGAAAGCCGCCACUCCCUCGCCUUCUUCGUCCAAGUCUCCACCCGCUGUUUCUCCGACACCUUCACCUUCCGGCGGAAUCUCUCCGCCAUCUCCUCCUUCUUCAGUACCGGCGUCUUCUCCGUCAUCGAUCUCUUCCCCUCCGUCCGAUGCUCCCGCACCGUCCGAGAAUGCCGCCGUCUCGAAUGGAUUCGCCGCCGCCGGAUCUGUCGUAGUCGGUCUCGUCGCCGCCGCCUCAUUGAUCAUGUGAACCGCCGCAUAGGCUUAUAUAGAAAAUUUAUUAUCUCCUAAUAAAUUAUUCUCCUUACUUUUGAGUUUGUUAUAGUUAUUAUUUAUUUUUUCAUUUAAAGUUUGUAUAAGACGCUUAGUAGUAUAUCAUUUUAGCUCUACUUUUAUUCGCCUAAUAAAUUUAUUAUUUAAUUCACCUUAUUACUUUUACAUUGAAUUCGUAAUGGUAUUCGCUAUUUGCCUGUUUGUUCA